AUGGAGGAUUUGAAUCUGAAAAAAUUCUUGGAAACUCACAAAACCAACAUGAAGGAGGAAGCAGAGCGUGUUUUUGAGGGCAAGAAAGAAAAUGAAGCAUAUCUUAAGGAUGUUUACACAGAACUGUUCAUCACAGAGGGAGAUAUGAAAGAUGUCAAUCAGGAACAUGAGAUUAUGAAGAUUGAUGAUGCUCUAAAGACCCAGAAAUCACAAGACAGACCAAAAAACAAGAACAAAAAAACACAGGACAAACCAAUCAAAUGCAAUGAUAUAUUUACAUUAUUAGGGGAAAAUAAUGAGAAAAAGAUAGUGCUGACUAAGGGAGUCGCUGGCAUCGGAAAAACUGUCUCUGUGCACAAGUUCAUCCUGGACUGGGCAGAAGGAAAAGCCAAUGAUUUUAUUAACUGUGUGUUCCUGCUUCCAUUCCGAGAGAUUAACUUUAUGGCAAAUGAAGAUUUCAGUCUCCAUGAGCUUCUGCUGGAAUUUUAUCCUGAACUGAAAGACCUGGAGAAAUCAAAGUUAUAUAAGGAAUGCAAGCUAGCCUUUAUAUUUGAUGGACUUGAUGAGAGUCGCCUGCCUUUGAAUUUUAAAAGUAGACCAUUGAACUCGGCUGAGAAAAAAUCUUCUGUAGACGUGCUGUUCACAAGUCUGGUCAAAGGGAAGCUGCUUCCAUCAGCUCUCAUUUGGGUGACCUCACGACCAGCAGCAGCCAAUCAGAUCCCUCCUCAGUAUGUGGGUUUGUACACAGAGGUGCAAGGAUUCACUGACCAACAGAAGGAAGAGUACUUCAGAAAGAGAAUCACAGAUGAGACUCAGGCCUCCAGAAUCAUCUCACACAUUAAGACGUCUCGUAGUCUCUACAUCAUGUGUCACAUUCCUGUGUUCUGCUGGAUUACCGCCACAGUACUUCAAGAUAUUCUCAAGAACAACACUGAGAACAUCAGCACAACACUCACUGAGAUGUACAGUCACUUCCUGCUGAUACAGAUGAACAUGAAGAACCAGAAAUAUGAUGAACAAGAAGAAAGAGAAUACUCAAAGAACUUGCAGUCAAAUAGAGAAAUGAUUUUGAAGUUAGCCAAGCUAGCGUUUGAACAGUUGAAGGAGGAAAACAUUGUGUUCUAUGAGGAAGAUCUGGAAGCAUGUGGUAUUGAUGUGAGUAAAGACACUGAGUUCACAGGAAUGAUCGCUGAGAUCUUUAAGAAGGAAUAUGGACUUCAUGAAAAAAAGGUCUUCUGCUUUGUGCAUCUGAGUGUUCAAGAGUUUCUCGCUGCAGUGCAUGUGUUCCUCUGUUACCUGAACAAGAACAUGCAGGAGCUUCAGUUUUUCUUUGAGAAGCCUAAAGAAAACAUCACAUUGCAGGAGCUACUAGAGAAGGCUGUUGAUAAAGCCAUGAAGAGUGAGAGAGGACAUCUGGACCUGUUCCUGCGGUUUCUGAUGGGAAUUUCACUGGAAUCCAGUCAACCGCUCAAAGGCCUGAUCAAACACACUGAAGACACCACAGAGAGCAUCACACAAACAACUGAAUACAUUAAACGAAAACUAUCCUGGAACACCUCAGAUGAAGCUUCAGUCAACCUAUUCUACUGCUUACUUGAGCUCAAGGAUCAUUCAUUAUAUGAGGAAAUCCAGAGAUACCUCAGUUCAGAUGAACAUCCAGGAAGAGAACUCUCAUCUUCAAUGUGCACAGUGCUGACCUACAUACUGCUGAUGUCAGAGAAGGUGCUGGAUGAGUUCAACCCAAAGAGGUUCACGUCAUCUUCAAACUACAGGAGACUCGUUCCAGCUGUGAGAUGCUGCAGAAAAGCCCUGCUAUGUGGGUGUAAUCUCACUGGUCAGUCCUGUGAAAGUUUGUCUUCGGCUCUACAGUCAUCAAACUCUGUCCUGAGAGAGCUGGACCUGAGUAACAAUGACCUGCAGGAUUCUGGAGUGAAGCUUCUUUCUGAUGGACUGAAGAGUCCAAACUGCCAGCUGCAGAUACUGAGGUAUUUAAAAACAUAUGAGAUCAUUUACAGUCACCCACUCAUAGUGUUUGUAGAUGAUCUGACUGUUGAUGUGUGUAUUCUGCUCUCUUUCAGCCUCACUCUAUGUAAUCUCACUGUUUUGUCUUGUGAGAGUUUGUCAUCAGUUUUACAAUCCUCAAACUCUGUCCUGAGAGAACUGGACCUGAGUAACAAUGACCUGCAGGAUUCUGGAGUGAAGCUUCUUUCUGAUGGACUGAAAAGAAACUGUAAGCUGAAGAUUCUAAGGUUGUCUGGCUGUAUGGUGACACAGGAAGGCUUUCGUUGUGUGUCUUCAGCUUUGAGUUCAAACCCCUCCCACCUGAGAGAGCUGGAUCUGAGCUACAAUCACCCAGGAGACUCAGGAGUGAAUCUGCUCUCUGAUACACUCAACCAUCCAAACUGCAGACUGGACAAACUCAAUGUGGAUCAUGGAGGAAAGAUCAGGAUAACAGCAAGACUGCAAAAAUAUUUCCAUCGGCCCACUCCAGAUCUGAACACAGUGAGUGAACGCCUCCGUCUGUCUGAGUACAACACAGUGAUUAACACUUACCCAGAGGAGCAGUCGUAUCCUGAUCAUCCAGACAGAUUUGAUGGAGAUAAUCCUCAGGUGUUGUGUAGUGAGAGUGUGAGUGAUCGACGCUAUUACUGGGAGAUUGAGUGGCGUGGACAUGAUGUGUCUAUAUCAGUGUCAUAUAAGAGCAUCAGGAGGAAGAGAGAGAAUGAAGAGGGUGAAGAAGAGUGUGAAGAGGGUGAAGAAGAGUGUGAAGAGUGUGAGUUUGGAUCUAAUGAUCAGUCCUGGAGUUUGGACUGCUCUCCCUACAGUUACUCAUUCAGUCACAAUAACAUACAGACUGAUCUCCCUGUAAAGCCCAUUAUCUGUAGAGUAGGAGAGUAUGUGGAAGAAGAAGAGGAUGAUGAUUAUGAUGGUUAUAAAUGCUUAGGCAGAGGAAUUAGAGUGUAUGAGGAGGAGGAGGAUUACUUUAGAACAGGAGUGUAUGUGGAUCACAGUGCAGGAACUCUGUCCUUCUACAGCAUCUCUGGACCCAAAAAAAUUACCCUCAUCCACACAGUCCAGACCACAUUCACUCAACCGCUCUAUCCUGGGUUUAGGGUUGGUGAUGAAUCAUCACUGGAACUGCUUUAUUGUACCAGUGAAUAUUAUUUCAGUAAACAUGAUGAUGAUUCAGAACAGACUGAUUAGAGACUCUACCCAUAAUGCUUUGAGCUUAUGAUGAAUCAGUGACAGUGAGAUGUUAUAGAGUCUCUUCAUUACAUUAAUAAAUGUGUGUGUUUUUGUGACAUAUCAGGACACAAAUGUGUAUAAUGACAUGGGUAUGACAUAGGUAUUACAAGAAGAGGUGACUUAUGAGGACAAUACCCCAUGUCCCCAUUUUUCAAAAGGCUUAUUAAUCAUACAGAAUGAGUUUUUGUGAGAAAGUAAAAGUGUGCACAGUUUCCUGUGAUGGGUAGGUUUAGGUUUAGGGGUAGUGUAGGGGGAUAGAAAAUACGGUUUGUACAGUAUAAAAACCAUUACGCCUAUGGAAUGUCCCCACAAUUCACAAAAACAGAGAAGAUAACUUGUCAAUAAAUAUCCCUGUACACCACACACAGCAGACACUUUAUAUUUCACUGUGUUUUGAACAUGACAGUGUAUUUAUAAUUUUAAUAAAACAUGUUUGUUGUAAAUGUCAUUUUAUAAAAAUUUGUAGAUUGAAUGUGACUAUUGUAAAGGCUGGUAUCACUGGGAUCACAUGAUCAAAGUUUCAUUUUUCUGGAUCCCAAACGAGUGUGAUAAUGUGUUUAAUUGAAAGUGUUUUUACUAAUUAUGUCAUGACUUCUCAUUUGUGAAUAAAAUUUCAACACAGAA